AUGCGCAUGGAGGACAACCGCCUCCCCAAGCGCAUGCUGUUAAGAGCGAUGGCGGGGGGCGUGGGAUACCGGGGCGGGCAGGAGAGCGACUGGGUGUCUCGUCUAGAAGAGGACCUCGUGGCGUUCAACAUGGGAGACGAAAAGGAAGGGGGGAAAUGGAAAGAGAGCGCCAAGGACCCGGAGGUGUGGUACAACAAGGUCGAGGACGGGGCGGUACGGCUCAUGAGGAAACAAAUGGCACAGGCAGGAGGCGGAAGCGUCCGCGAAGCGCCAGCGCCCGAGGGAAGCAGAAGCAGAGAGUACGGCCAUCUCAGGACCGAAGAGAAAGAAAAUCGGGGAAGCGACGGUGGGGGGGAAGAAACGGCGACCGGGCACGGCUGUAGAAGCGAGUAGGGCGGCCGAGACAGCACUUGUGGCAAACUAUGUACCCGGCUGAUGUUUUUGCGCCCUGUUUCCCU